GAGAAGAAAGUGAAACUGCUUUAGAAGAAGAAAAGGCGAACUCUGCUGGAUUCGAUUCACCAUUCACUCUCUCUCUCUGUGAUUCGUCAUUCAUGUUGCUUCUUCUUCUUCUUCUUCCUCCUCAAAUUCAAAAAGUCUAUGAGGGAGACGUGAUUGAAUUGAAUCUCCUUUCUCUAUAAAGAAGACCGACCACCAACCUUCAUUUUCUUAAGCGGUUACUGAAUUGAAUCAAAGUGGUUUAGUUGUUUGAUGGGGACAGGGAACUCAAAGGAGAACUGGAGACAGGAGUCUUCAUCAUCGUCUAGGUCAGCUUCUUCACCUUCAGCAGCAUCUUCAUCUUCAUGGGCUUCUCAUCAAAGCUAUCCUCAAUACGGUCCUGAUAGCUAUACCUAUCCUCCUCCUCCUCCCUCAUAUGCUCCUCCACCUCCUGAGUAUACACACCCUCCUUCACCUUCUUAUACCACCCAGCCUUAUUCUCAGCCGCCUUCUCAAAGCCAUGGCAAUAAUAAGAAGAGGUUGGAGCGCAAGUAUUCAAAAAUCUCUGAUGAGUACUCCUCUUUAGAGCAGGUGACGGAGGCUCUUGCAGGUGCAGGUCUAGAAUCUUCUAAUCUCAUUGUUGGUAUUGAUUUCACCAAGAGCAAUGAAUGGACAGGAGCCAGGUCCUUUAAUAGGAAAAGCCUACACUUCAUAGGCAAUAGUCCCAAUCCUUAUGAACAGGCCAUAACCAUCAUAGGAAGAACCUUAGCCGCCUUUGACGAGGACAACUUGAUUCCAUGUUACGGUUUUGGAGAUGCGUCAACGCAUGAUCAAGACGUGUUUAGUUUCAAUCCUGAGGAUAGGUUCUGUAAUGGGUUUGAGGAAGUGCUUGGUCGCUAUAAAGAGAUCGUCCCUCAGCUUAAGCUCGCAGGGCCAACCUCAUUUGCUCCCAUCAUUGACAUGGCCAUGACCAUUGUCGAGCAGAGUGGUGGCCAGUAUCAUGUCUUAGUGAUAAUAGCAGAUGGGCAGGUUACAAGAAGUGUUGACACUGAAAACGGACAGUUAAGUCCGCAAGAACAGAAGACUGUGGAUGCUAUCGUGGAAGCAAGUAAGCUUCCUCUAUCAAUCGUCUUAGUUGGGGUUGGGGAUGGACCAUGGGACAUGAUGAGGGAGUUUGAUGAUAACAUUCCCUCCAGAGCUUUUGAUAACUUCCAAUUUGUGAACUUCACAGAGAUAAUGUCAAAGAACAAAGCUCAGUCCUUUAAAGAAACAGAGUUUGCCCUUUCUGCUCUCAUGGAGAUUCCUCAACAGUACAAGGCGACAUUAGAGCUUAACCUUCUAGGAAGAAGGAAUGGGUAUAUACCGGAACGAUUCCCUCUUCCACCUCCAAUGCAUGGUGGAUACAACAAGCCAAAGGCUACUCCUCGUGUUCCAAGUUUCAAACCGAGUGUACCUCCUUAUCCAACUGAAAGCUAUCCAGUAAGGUCUAGUCCUGCACAGCCAGCUACUACAACCUCUGCUCUUGAUAACCAGCUAUGUCCUAUUUGUCUGAGCAAUCCUAAAGACAUGGCCUUUGGAUGUGGCCAUCAGACAUGCUGCGAGUGUGGACCGGAUCUUCAAAUGUGUCCGAUUUGCCGUGCACCAAUCCACACAAGAAUAAAGCUCUACUAGCAAGCAAGUAGACCAAGAUCCACAACCUUCUUACAGUUUCUUUUGGGGAUCUAAUCACUGAGCUUCCUCCACCGAGAAAGAUGGGAUCUUCUUUCUGUAAAAAGAAAAGUAAUACGUUAGUUUGUUCGUUGAUUCACUUUCCUAACUUUGAUCUUUGAAUUCUUUCAUUCUUCUUUGCUUUGGAGUAAAUGUUGUUGUCAGUGUGUAAUCCUAAGUCUACCAUCGUUUUGUUUUCUGCUCUUUUGGUGAUUGUUUCUGAUAAGUUUGAUUCUUGAAAUUGGUU